UCAGUGAGAAGUUAAGUGUGCAGUUGUUGUGUGGCAUUUCUGUGAUCUGUACAUAAUUUAUAUACGUUUCAUAUAAAUUAAUAUAUCGUUCUCGUUGUUACCAAAUUAUAUUAUUUAAAUUAAGUGAAAAAUAUGGCCAGUGUUGUGAAGCAGUUGCCAAGAAUAUCCGGCUCCAAAGUAGCGAAAUGCAUUUCGAGCCGUAAUUAUUAUUCGUAUGUAAAUGAGCCUGCCCAACAAAUCAAAGACAAAGAACCGAAAUGGGUUACUGCCGAAGAAGCCGUAAAAAUUAUUAAAUCAGAUGACUGGGUGUACGCUCAGGGUGCGGCUGCUACCCCAAUCAACUUAUUAGGUGCGAUGACUGCACAUGGGAAGAAGCAAGGCCUGAAGAAUGUGCGCGUCUGCCACAUGCACACUGAAGGACCUGCAUUAUACGCUCAGCCUGAUUGCGAAGGGAUAUUUAGAUCUGUAUCAUUCUUCAUGGGAGGCAACGUACGUGCAGCUGUGAAUGAAGGACGAGGCGAUGCAAUUCCAAUCUUCCUAUCAGAAAUACCUCUUCUAUUUCAAAAGAAAAUUAUUCAACCUGAUGUAGCCAUAGUUCAUGUUUCUCCUCCAGACGCUCAUGGAUUCUGCAGUUUAGGUACCAGUGUUGACUGUGCCAGAGCUGCGAUGCAAGCAUCAAAAGUGAUAAUUGCACAAGUUAAUCCUAAAAUGCCCCGUACAUUUGGUGACUCAUUGUUACACAAAAGUCACAUAGAUUAUGCUGUAGAAAUUGAUGAACCGUUGGUAACCCAUGGCGGAAAACCACCUAGUGAGGUGGAAACUGCAAUUGGUGCACAUAUUGCAAAUAACUUGGUGGAAGAUGGUGCCACACUUCAAAUGGGUAUUGGUAACAUUCCUGAUGCAGUUCUUGCCAAACUACAUAAUCACAAAAAUCUUGGAAUUCAUUCUGAAAUGUUUGCCAAUGGUGUAGUGUCUUUAGUGAAGGAGGGUGUUGUUACAAAUACUAAAAAGUCAUUCCAUAAAGGAAGAAUUGUUGGUUCCUUUUUAAUAGGAACUCAAGAGCUUUAUGAUUUUGUUCAUAAUAAUCCUUCCAUAGAAAUGUUGAGAGUGAAUUAUGUUAAUAGCACUGCUGUCAUUGCCAAAAAUCCAAAAAUGACAGCGAUUAACUCUUGUAUUGAAGUAGAUCUGACUGGUCAAGUGUGCUCCGAUUCCAUUGGAACGAGGCUUUAUUCAGGAUUUGGUGGACAGGUUGAUUUCAUAAGAGGUGCUGCAGAAGGUUUAGAUGGCAAAGGAAAACCUAUUAUUGCUUUACCUUCAGUUACCAAAAGAAAUGAAUCCAAAAUUGUGCCAAUACUCAAACCAGGAUCUGGUGUUGUUACUUCCCGAGCACAUGUGCACUAUGUUGUGACUGAGUAUGGAAUCGCUCAUUUGUUUGGUAAAACAUUAUUAGAACGAGCAUAUGCUCUUAUUCAAAUUGCUCAUCCAGAUCACAGAGAAAGCUUAGAAAAAGCUACCUUCGAAAGAUUCAAAGCCAUGCCAGUUAAGAAUUAGCCUAAGAAAAUAUUUAAUUCAAAUUUACCUAAUUUUUUAUAUAAAAAUUUAAAUUUCUGUUAAUACUAGUGGGCAUAUUUUUAAUUUUUGUGAUUCAUUAUAGAUGUAUUAUUCAUUUGCUUGAAGUGCCUAUUAUCAUAAAUAUAAAUUUAUGCAUUUCAGUCUCUGCCACUGUAAUAGCAUGUAAUAAGUCUUCAUAAAAGUAUUUUUUGUUUGAUAAUAUACAUUUGAUUAUACUAUCUUUCAAUAUAUUUUUAAUAUUGUUUA